AUGUUUAACCGCAAUAACCUUCCAUCCGUCCCAAAUCCAUUCUCUGCCGGUGGUCCUCCUGGUAGCGAUGGGGCCCGCCCUCCACGCGAUCGAUACCCCUCGCAACAAUCUGGACGCCCAGAUGGCUAUGGCCAAGAUCCUCGAAUGACCGGAGGGUAUGAGCCAUCGCAUAGCAGGAGUGACCGUGAUACUGUAAUGACUGACGUUUCUAAUGCAUCAAGAGGGUACGGAGGGCCAUCUCCUGGUCGGACUUCCGGCUUGCCAUCAAGACAGGGUGGUGGUAGGCCAAUACCACCUAGCGGGGGUAGCGAUCAAGUCUGGACUCUGCGACCAGCGAAGAGCCCGGACAAUUCAUAUACAUAUGGUAAUCUAGUAUGUGUAUCACCACGAGAUAUUCCUCCCUCACGAGACAGCUCAGAUGUGUUGGUACUUGUAAAUAAUCUAUACGUUUUCUCCGCUCGCCCGUUGGAAGGAUUUCCUCCUGGGCAUAUCAGCAUGUCAGAUCCACAACGAACGUGGGCUCAAGUUGCUUUGACCGAUAUGGUUGAAGUUAGAAUCUACGACAUUUUUAGCCAAGGCAGCCAGGCAUAUCUUGCAUCUAUGGAUCUGGAGAUUGGUUUUGCUGGCAAGAAACGUACGGAUACACCGUAUGACCAGGAUCAGCUCUCAAGUGUCGUGAUUAGGAAUUUUGAAAACCAAAUUCUCGCCCCUGGUCAAAAGAUAUUAAUGGAUGAUAAGAGUAUCCCGCUCUUGUUAAGCGUUCGAACGGUUCAAUUGGGAGACUUGUCCGAAAAGCCUUCAUCCUCUGCCCCGACCUCAGCAGACCCCGCUACCAGAGGCAUACUUACGAGGCACACUUUGAUUAAUUUUUUCAAAGAUGCGAAGACUGGUAUUAACGUAAAAGCUUCAAAUCGGAGGCCCGCUGCAAAUUCCAUCAUCCAACCAGAUUUUAAGUUUGAAAAUAUGGGAAUUGGCGGUUUGGACAUGGAAUUCAGUACUAUUUUUCGCAGAGCUUUUGCCUCUCGUAUCUUCCCACCAGGCCUUGUUGAGAAGUUAGGUAUUCAACACGUUAAAGGAAUAUUGCUUUACGGCCCUCCUGGGACAGGUAAGACCUUGAUUGCCAGGCAAAUCGGCAAGAUGUUAAAUGCAAGGGAGCCAAAAGUCAUCAACGGCCCCGAAGUGCUAAACAAAUACGUCGGCCAAUCUGAGGAGAACAUUAGGAAGCUUUUUGCAGAUGCUGAAAAGGAGUAUCGUGAGAAAGGAGAAGAAAGCGGCCUUCAUAUCAUUAUCUUUGAUGAACUCGAUGCUGUUUGCAAACAGAGGGGCAGCGGAGCUGGUGGCGGUACAGGUGUUGGCGACAGUGUCGUCAACCAGCUUUUAUCCAAGCUUGACGGCGUUGAUCAACUAAAUAAUAUUCUAUUAAUCGGAAUGACCAAUCGAAUGGAUAUGAUAGACGACGCCCUUCUACGACCUGGUCGUUUAGAGGUCCACAUGGAAAUUUCGCUUCCGGACGAGAAGGGAAGAGUUCAAAUCCUGAAUAUUCAUACUAAGAAAAUGCGUGAUGGCAACCUCAUGAAUAGUGACGUUGAUCUCGCUGAGUUGGCUCAGCUAACCAAGAAUUUUUCAGGUGCAGAAAUUAGCGGCUUGGUGAAGUCCGCUUCCUCGUUCGCUUUUAAUCGACAUGUCAAAAUCGGAACAAUGGCUGGAAUUAGCGAUGACGUGGUAAACAUGAAGGUCAAUCGACAGGAUUUCCAAAAUGCACUGGAUGAGGUCAAACCUGCUUUUGGCGUAUCAGAGGAGGAGCUAGAAAGUUGCAUUGCUGGCGGUAUUAUUCAUUUCUCAUCAGCUAUCGACAGUAUAUUGGAAGAAGGAAAGCUGUUUGUCAAUCAGGUUCGGGAUCCCGAGUCAACUACUCAACUUUUUUCGGUAUUGUUGCAUGGACCUCCCGGAAGCGGUAAGACCGCAUUGGCUGCAAAAAUGGCUAUAGACUCGGAUUUCCCAUUCGUGAAACUUAUUAGCCCAGAAGAUAUGGUGGGGUUCGGCGAAAUGGCGAAAGUUCAACACAUGAGCAAAGUGUUCAACGAUGCUUACAAGAGCCCUGUCAGUGUGGUGGUUGUGGAUAAUAUUGAACGGAUAAUAGAUUGGGUCCCCAUCGGGCCCCGCUUCAGCAACUCGAUUCUUCAGACUCUUAUGGUACUGCUUCGAAAACAGCCCCCCAAGGGCCGUCGGUUACUCAUUCUUGCUACGACGACCGAGCGGUCGAUACUAAAGCAGUUGGAUGUAUACCACUCCUUUAAUUCGGAUAUCCCUGUGCCAAAUGUGAAUACGUACGAGGAGCUAGCGCACAUCGUGAAGGAAACACAGUCAUUCUCUUCUCAAGAAAUGGAAAUGGCCUUGUCAGGUAUUCGUGACAUGACACAGAGCAACAAAAUUAAUGUUGGGAUUAAGAAAGUCCUGCUGGGUGUUGGAACAGCCAAACAAGAUUCCAAUAAGGCCCGACGGUUUGCUUCUGUUAUUGCUCGCGCCAUGGAUGAACAGGAGUUUGUCUAA